UGUUCCCAGCCGCUCCUAUUGUCCUGUCGGCCGAUCCCCCUUAGAUUCGACUUGAUCGAAGUUCAGCAGUAUGCGGAGCUUGGCCUUAAACAGGCUUUGGGGAAGUGAAACUACUGAUGGAGGUGCUGAGAACCUCACCGGCGAAGCACGGAUGGCCCACCUCGAAGCUUCACUGGCCGAGGAGCGGAGAAAACUGAUGCAGAAGGAUGAGGAGAUCGUGCAGAUGCAGAAGCUCAUGGCCAAACUUGAGAGUGUCAUUGAGCAGCAAGCAAAAGUGUCGGAGAAAGAGCAGAACAGGCUGAGCACUUUGGAAACAGUCUUGUAUCAAAAGCAGGAAGCAGAGGAGACUGAGAAGGUGAAGAAGUUGGUGCUGGCACUUUCUGAAGUGAAACGACAGAAGGAAGCUGCUGAGAAGCUGGCCACUGAGGAGGGCAUUCGUGCUGAGAGGCUUGCCAAAGACAAUGCAGAGCUGCGGCAAAAGCUGGCUGCUCAAUCCACGCAGACAAUGGACAUCGAAAAAUCCCAGGAGCUCCAACGCUUGCGUGAAGAUUAUGCAAAUGAGCAGCAGAAACGAGAGGAUGCCGAAGUUCGGGAAAAAAUGCAAAGGGCCAAGUUGGAGCAGUUGGAGAUCCAGUUGGCAGAAGCACGAGCCGAGAAGGCUGAUCCAUUACUUCAGCUACAGCUCGCCGAAAAGGAACGGCUGCAGGAACUAUUUCAACGUCUGACAUCCGAUCCCUCCUCUGUGGGUGAAGACGUGGUCAUUGCAGAGUUGCAGGACCGCUUGAACACCGAGGAGAAAAAGCGACGCGAGACAGAGAGUCUUGUUGCAGAUCGGGACGGACAGUUGCGGCAUCUACGUGAACGCCUUGGAAACGAGGAGAAGGAACGAGCCGCAAGAGAACAGAGGCUCCAGCAAUAUGAGGCAGACUUGCGAGAUUCCAAACUGGACAAAAGCGAAGUGUUGACUCGUCUCUCCGCAAAGGAGUCUCAAGUCGUGGAAUUGCAGCGACAGCUGGCCGAGGAGCUGUCGCAACGACAGGCGGCCCAAAAGCAGCUCGUGGAGAAGGAGAGGCUCCUGAAAGACACAUGGAACAGGGAGGAGCCCAUGGAUAGGUUAUCAGCUCAACAAGCUGUGCAGGAACAGGUCAUUGAGAAGGAGAGGGAGGUCUGCAGUUUGCAGCAGCAACUAGCUGAUGAACUGUCGAAACGGCAGGCAGUGCAGUACCAGAUCAUCGAGAAAGAUCGUGUAAUAUGCGAGCUUCAAUCACAGAUCUCCACCCAAACCUCCUCGGUCGAGACGGAUGGCGCAGCCUUGCAGCCCAUUGAGGAGGACAACACCCUGAGCGAUGCCAAUGGUGCUAUCGGAGCUGCCUACAUCGCCACCGCCCCAGCUAUCAGCACACCUACUCCAUCAAAAAAGCUGCCACCCUGGCUCGCAUCCACUGCGCGGCACUCCGUGCCAGUGUCUACACCUCCAACGAUGAUGGUGCCACAAGGAUUGAUACAGGGAAGCAGCUACCAGCCCAGAUCCAUCGGGGUAACUGGUGGCUAUCCACCCCCGAGCCCUGCGGUGAAUUAUCGGGCGCGCGUGUAUGGCGUUUCUCCCAGGCAAAGCCAUCUGCCAAGCCAUUUGUCCAGGAGAUUGGCACAAGGAGCAUCCACCUUCACAUGAGGUGAUGCUGGUGCUGAAUUCGCGGAGUGACUGGCCAGUGACCGACGCAGACCUGGAGGCCCCCAUCCCUGAGAC